UUCCACUGCAGCAGCCUCACCCACCGUGAGGGGCUAUUCGACGACAAGGGGACUCUUCGCAACAAACAAUCAACCCGGCGACAGCAUAAAAGAUGAAGGCCUGGUGUGUGUGUGUGUGUGUGUGUGUGUGUGUGUGUGAGUGACUUGAUCAAAGAUGGCCGUACAUAAGGGGCGUGGCUUGAUUAAAGAUGGCCAUAUCAGCUGAGGAGUGACUGGAUUAAAAAUGGCCGUGGCUUGAAAGUGUGGACUGGAUUAAAAAUGGCCGCCAAAGGGAAGUGACAUGCUGAGCAGUGGCUGAACAUCGGGGAGAGACUUAAUUAGAAAUGGCCACCAACGGGAAGUGACUUGAUUAAACAUGGCCGCCAUGGGGGGCGGGUCAUUCAACAUGGCCCCCAACGGGGAGUGACUUGAUGAAAGAUGGCCGCCGAGACGGACAGGCAAACUCCCGCCCCCCGUUGAUGAAACGAAGCUUCCCUCAGUCAAAACGGCGAAUGAGUGACAGAAGCGACAUUCGGUCGAGGCCAAAGUGACGGAGAUUCCUGCUGCAGCGGAUAGAUCGGGGGAGGGGUGAAAGGUCAGCAGUUGGAUUUUCGGUCACCCUACAACGGGGGAGCGACUGUGUCGCUGAAACGGGUCUGAAUGCAGCAGCAGCAGCAACAACAACAACAACAACAAUGGGGGGAGGACACCAACCCCAUCAGUGUGAUCCUAGUGAGCUCUGGGAGCAGGGGCAACAAGCUCCUCUUCAGGUUCCCAUUCCAACUGCAGCAGGAGCAGCAAGGCGCUCAGAGCACUUCUGAGCCGCAAGCUCGUGGGUCUGAGUCCCACCUCGGGGCUCAGGCGCUGCACUGCCGGAGGUGCGGCAACCGGUGUUCGGUGGUGGUGGAGGGAGGGGAAUGGCCGCAGGAAACCCACAUGGAGACAUUCUACGGCCUCCAUGGCUUAAAACCGAGCGUCACUCAUCCCAGCCCAGAGCAGAAGAAGCGACCGGCCACUGGCAUUCGCGUCAGACGCAAUGGAGCUGGUGAGGGCUCCCAGUCCCCGUUCCACCACAUCCUGCCCAAGUGCAAGUUGGCUUCCGACCUGAAGACGGCCUUCGACAGUCUCUGCACCACCGGCAUGGUCCACCUGCACAUCAACAACUGGCUGGAGCUCAGCUUCUGCCUACCUCACAAGAUCCACCGGGUUGGCCCUGACUACAUCCCCCCCGAUGCCAUUGAACGAAGUCUCAAAGCCAUCCGGCCGUACCAUGCUCUGCUGCUAUUGGACGAUGAGAAGUCUCUGCUUAGCCAGUUGCCGGUGGACUGUUCCCCGGCCUUGAUAAGGAUCAUCAAGACCACGUCGGCCAUGAAGAACCUGCAGCAACUCGCGCAGGACGCUGACCUGGCUCUACUGCAGGUCUUCCAGCUGGCUGCCCACCUGGUGUACUGGGGCAAAGCGAUCGUCAUCUACCCACUGUGCGAGAACAACUUCUACAUGCUGUCCCCCGAUGCCAACAUCUGCAUAUACUCCCCUCUGGCCGAAGACUUCUCCCAGCAGUUUCCCGGCAACAGUCUGCUGAACGUUCUCUCCAAGUUCUCGCUGCCGACCUCCCUCUCGCAGUUUAAGAACCCCCUGGCCCCGGCCGUGCAGGAGGCGCAGCUGGUGCAGAUGGUGAUCUGGAUGCUGCAGCACCGGCUCCUGGUUCAGCUCCACACGUACGUCUGCCUGAUGGUGCCGCCCAGCGAGGCGGAUGUCGAGGUUCGGGAGGAAGACAAGCUGCUGCCAGCUCGCAUCGGAGGGCGAAGCCUCCAGGGGCCCCCUAACGCCCGGAGCGUAGGGACCCCAACUAGCAGUGAUGACAUGACCCUGACCAGCCCAAGCAUGGACAACUCCAGCGCUGAGCUCCUUCCCGGAGGUGACUCACCCUUGAACAAGCGCAUGACUGAGAACCUGCUGGCCAGCUUGUCCGACCACGAGAGGAAAAUGAUCCAGAACAUUCCAGCCGCCCAGAACCCAGAGGACCUGCGGAUGCUUGCAAAACUCUUACAUUACUUUCGUGGGCACCAUCACCUGGAGGAGAUCAUGUACAACGAGAACAUGCGUCGCUCGGUGCUGCUGAUGCUGAUCGACAAGUUCCGCAGCGUGCUGGUGGUCCGAAACCACGAAGACCCCAUCAUUUCCGUCUUCCAGUCUCCCUUUGUGUGACAGAGCCCCGGGUGGCACCAGUUCUCUUUUUCCAAAAAAAAAAAUAUAUAUAUAUAUA